CACACCAAAAGCGAAAGGGGAACUUACAAUUUCAGAAUCCAAACAAACAAAAAAAGACAACUUCCCCUUUUUUUGGGUUUUGUUUUGACUUUUUUAAUGGCUGAUGAUGAGAAUCAACAGCAGAAGCCGUCGAAACCAGUGGCGCCGUUGAAACGGCCGGUGAUUACUCCCCCACCUCGGCCGUUUACGGAUGCGUUAUUCAACGGUGGGUCCAGCUUCAUGGGCUUUAGUCCAGGUCCCAUGACGCUUGUUUCUAACUACUUCUCCAGCACCGAAGAUUUCAAGUCCUUUUCUCAGCUGCUUGCCGGUGCCAUGGCGUCCCCAGCAGCAGCAUGCGCUCAAAGACUGGACUUUCCUCUUCCUACUACGACCGAGGAGCAGGGUGAUGUUAACCGCGCUGAAGGUGGAGCUGGCGCGGGGUUGCGGUUCAAGCAGAAUAAGCCGGCGGGUUUGGUGAUAACGCAACCACAACCGAUGCCGCAAGGGUUCAACAGCCCUGCCAGCUUAUUGGAGUCUCCAGGAUUUGGUGUGUUUUCUCCUGGAUCCCAGGGACCUUUUGGAAUGACCCACCAGCAAGCUUUAGCACAGGUCACUGCCCAGGCUGCACAAGCUCAUUCACUUGUACAAAUCCAUGCCAAAUCUUCAUCAACACCUCCAUCAUCUUUGGCACAAGUUUCUUCUUUUACUGCCAAUACGGAUCAGGAGGUGCCCAUCUUAUUGCAAGACUCCAGUGUUACGAUGAAGCAACCAUCAGACUUAUCUCAGUCCGAUCAGAGAUCCCAUUUCAUUGUUGAUAAGCCUGCUGGUGAUGGCUACAACUGGCGAAAGUAUGGGCAGAAACAAGUAAAAAGCCGUGAGUUUCCGAGAAGUUAUUAUAAGUGCACGCAUCCUGGUUGUCCUGUCAAGAAGAAGGUUGAGAGAUCACUUGAUGGCCAAGUCUCUGAAAUCAUCUACAAAGGGCAGCACAACCAUCAGCCUCCUCAGUCGAAUAAGCGUGCAAAAGGUAGUGGAAGCUUAAGUGGAACUUCGAAUAAUCAGGGAAAUUCUGAAUCAAUUUCCCAACUUCAGACUGGCAACUUGAGCAUAAUCAAAGAAGGGGGGACAUCAGGUUAUUCAAUGUCCAAGAAGGACCUGCAGUCUAGCCUAGCUAUAGCUGAACGUAUUUCCGGAACAAGUGAUAGUGAUGAAGCAAGGAAUAAUGAAACCAAUGCGGAUGAAAAAAAUGAAGAUGAACCCGACCACAAAAGACAAAAUACUGAAAUUAGAGUUUCAGAGCCAUCUUCACAGAGAACUGUCACAGAACCUAGAAUUAUCGUGCAGACAAGAAGCGAAGUUGAUCUAUUGGAUGAUGGCUAUAGGUGGCGCAAGUACGGACAGAAAGUUGUCAAAGGCAAUCCUUAUCCAAGAAGCUACUAUAAAUGUACGACUCCGGGAUGCAAUGUCCGUAAGCACGUGGAGAGAGCUUCAACCGAUCCCAAGUCUGUUAUAACUACAUACGAGGGAAAACAUAAUCACAAUGUACCAGCUGCCAAAACUAGCAGCCACAACAUGGCCAACACUGCUAACGUAUCACAAGGAAGAGCACAGAAUAUAGCAACCGACAACCAUGGUGUAAAUAUCAGUGCUGAUUUUACCAACAAUAGGCAACAACCAGUAGCACGUUUACGGCUAAAAGAAGAGAAUGUAACAUAAUUUCUUUCAACUGUAACUUAAGGCAAAUUCACAGAAGCCAGUGUCUUUAUUGGAGGCGGUUAUCAACCCAAGCCCAAACGAUAGGUGAUGUUCAAAAGAACAGGCGAAAGCAUAAAAAAGAAAGGUCAGUUGCAGUUUGAAAUAGGUUAAAACGUUGUAUGUAAACUAGUUUAGUGGGCACACGUGCACACGUGCAUAUAUAUAUAUAGGUUAUGAUCCACUUACAUUGUAUAACUCUUUAGUUUUAUACUGGUUUUAGAUCAUUGGAUGAAUCUAAAGAUCCGUUAUAGAUUGAAUUAGGUUACAAAGUUGUAUGUAAAUUAGUUUUGUGUGCAUAUAAAUAUAUAAAUUUUAUACUCAA